UGUGUCAACACUAAUCCUCACGAAACGGCACAGGUGAAGGCUACAGGCACUCCAGCCGUAGCCGUUUCCUCCCCGACUACUUUUCCGGCUUCCCUCAGUAGUCAGCAGCAGCAACAGACUCGUCAGCAGCUUCAAGCUUUCUGGGCCAAUCAAAUGCAAGAGGUCGAGCACACGACUGAUUUCAAGAACCAUAGCCUCCCGCUUGCUCGAAUCAAGAAUAUAAUGAAAGCUGAUGAAGAUGUUAGAAUGAUCUCUGCUGAAGCUCUAGUUGUUUUUGCGAAGGCAUGUGAGAUGUUCAUCUUGGAGUUAAUGCAACGAUCCUGGAUCCAUGCAGAAGAGAACAAAAGGAGGACUCUUCAGAAGAAUGAUAUCGCCUCUGCCAUUUCGAGAACUGACGUUUUCAACUUUUUGGUUGAUUUUAUUCCCCAAGACGAGUUGAGAGAGGAGGGGCUUGGUGUCAGUAAGGGUACCAUCCCAUUAGUAGGAUCUCCUUCAGAUGCUAUUCCGCAUUACUAUGUUCCUCAGCAUCCAGUGGGACCAGCUGGGAUGAUCAUGGGAAAACCGGCAGAUCAAGCUACGCUCUUUACUGUUCAACCUCCUCUUCCCUGUAUGCCAUGGCAGCAGGCACAGGGUCAGCUGUCUCAGCCUCGAGAGCAACAGAGAGACACCACGGAGGGUUGAGACAUAGGUAAUAUAUGUGGUUAGGUAGGCAAUUAGAAGACGAACUGAGAUUUCAUUGCUUUGCUGCUGUAGUGUUUGCUAGGUCACUGAAGCAUAAGGACUUGGAUGGAUGAUAGUGAAUUGAAUUUCGGGUAGUUAUGUGUCUUGUGACCUUUGAUAUUGCUGUUCUUAGGAGGGUUUACAUAUGCUUAUCUCAUACGUGACAGGGGAUGCAUAAUGGAAGAUUUGUUUGGCA